UGCAAGUACCCUCCGUUUCUUGGGGUAGCUCCCGUCCAGAUUUGGGACAUUUUAACCUAGACUAUAUACACCAAAUACGAAUGACGAUAUUGCAGACCAGAUAUCCUGAUAUCCUGCACACUUCCACUUCAACAGCCAACCCAUCAUGUCAGCAACAACACCCUCCGCCCCCUUCGACCCUCCCCUCGACAAACCCCGCCACCUCCGCUACUGGCAGCGCUGCGCCCGCACCCUCCUCCCGCACCACUACACCCCAAACGACAGCCAGCGCCUGACCCUGGGCUUCUUCAUCAUCGCCGCCCUCGACCUGCUGUCCGUCGACAAUGACCCGGAAACCAAGCCCUUACUGACCCCCGCCGACCGCCGCUCCCUCCGCGCCUGGGUCCUCGCCUGCCAGCACCCCCACGGCGGCUUCUGCGGCAGCCCGACCCACGUCUUCCCGCGCGCCGACGACGACGACGACGACGACGACACGCACUCCGGGGGAAGCGGCAACGCAAACAUCGCGGCGACCUACUUCGCGCUGCUGCUCCUGCCCAUGCUGACGGAGCCGGGCCACGCGGAGGGCGGCGCGUACGCCGGCGUCGACCGCGCCAGGACGCUGCGGUGGCUGCGGCGGCUGCAGCGGGUCGACGGCGACGGGAGCUUUGGGGAGGUUGUCUACGAGGUGCCCUCUUUUGGUGGUGGUGGUGACAACGACGGGGAGGAGGACGAUGAUCAUCACACAGGAGAGAAGAACAGGAGGACGAGGAGGUAUAUCGUCGGCGGGGGCAAGGACAUGCGGUACUGCUACCUCGCCGCGACGAUCCGCUGGGUCCUGCGUGGCGACGUGGCCGAGGGCGACGGCGGCGGCGACGGCGCGUACGUCGAGGACAUUGACGUCGCCGCGCUGGUGCGCCACAUCCGCCGCAGCCAGUCGUACGACGGCGGCUUCUCCGAGAGCCUGGGCCACGAGAGCCACGCCGGCUACGCCUACUGCGCCGUCGCCGCCCUGGCGCUGCUGGACCGGCCUGUCGACGCCGCGGGGCGACAAGAUCAACAACAACAACAACAACAACAACAACAACAGACACCACCGCCGUCUCCGCACUACACACAGAGCAGGAUCCUCCAGGAGGGGAUAGGCGACAUCCCGCGCUUCAUCUCCUUCCUCGUCUCGAGACAGUUCGCAUACCUCGAGGCCCAAGGGGGAGACAAGAACGGUGGCGACGAGGACGACAGCAACGACGACGAGGACCCGGAGACGGCAAACUUCAGGAUGGCGGGCCUCUCGCUCUCGGACGGCGCAACGACGACGACAACAACAACAACAAGCCACGUCGGCUUCAACGGCCGCUGCAACAAGACCGCAGACACGUGCUACACGUGGUGGGUGCUGGGGUCCCUGUCCAUCCUGGGCGUCCUGGACGGCGACCACCACCAACAACAACACACACCACCACCACCAGCAGUCGUCGACCCCCACGCCCUGGCAGCAGCCCGCGCCUUCCUCCUCGACAAGACGCAGCACGCCAUCGGCGGCUUCGGCAAGCGCGCCGCCGACCCGCCCGACAUCUACCACUCCAGCCUGGGCCUGUUCGCCCUCGCCACCAUGGGGGACCCCUCCCUCAAGCAGGUCGACGCGGGCCUGGCCGUCAGUGUCGACACGGUGCGCAAGAUCGAGGCUGGGAGGAGGGGUCUGUUGAGGCGGGCACGGGGCCACGGGGGCAAGGCUGCGGCUGCGGCUGGGGGGGUCGGGUUUGGCGACGCGCUGGUGGAUAUGGCUGUUUCUAUGGGGGGUGGGGAGAGGCCCGCGUGGCUGGUGGGUGGUGUGGUGUGA